AUGCAUUUGCCCAUAUUCCAUGUUUCAUGGCUAGCAGGUAUCGGCGGCCUCGCAGUAGCAUAUGUACUCAGCAAAGGAGGACAACGGGUCAGAGUUUUGGAGAAGAAUAACUUGAACGUCCCAAGCGGUGGGCAUCGCAUGACUCCAAAUUCUAGCAAAAUUCUACGACAGUGGAUCGGCGAGGAGGAGCUCAUGAAAUCAGCCGUGCGCUGCGUUCGCUGCAAGACAUUCGAUCUGCGAACUGGAGAGGUCGUGGGCUAUAUCGAAUGGAAACCCGCCGUCAUGGCAGAGACUGGUGGCGACCUCCUUCUUAUUCAUCACAACGACCUUGUCAGAAUACUGCACAGACUUGCAACGGAUGCAGGUGCCAUUGUCGACUUCAACGCCGAAGUGACCUCCGUACGGCAGGGGACGGAAGAGGACCCUAAGCCGAUAGUGACUCUUGCAACUGGAGAGGUCAUUACAGCAGACGUCUUGGUGGGUGCGGACGGAGGCAAAAGCCUAGUGCGAAAAGUGGUUUUCAAGGAGGAGGACUGCGCGGAAUUUGUCAGAAUGACCCUGUAUACAGGGACCAUUGAUGCUGAAGAUAUGGUGACGGAUCCGGAUCUCGCGCCGUACAUAUUGUCCGAUGAGUGGGCAGUAGGCAUGUCACCCGUCCCUACUAACUUUGUACACGCCCCACUCGUGCAGGCGGCGAGAACCCAAUAUGCGAUCCAUCUUUCUUGUUGGGAAACUUCAGAUGGGCUUCCUCAGGGCGGAGAAGAGAGUUGGGAGGAACUUUGUUCUAUCGACAGUAUCAGCACUGACACUUACGGUCCAGCAUUCCAGAAGAUGGCCAAACUGACCACCAACCUGAUUCGUACGCAAUGGAAGAAUCAUGAGAACACAGAGGAAUGGGUGGACUCUACUGGCCGAAUGGUUCUGCUCGGCGACGCAGCGCACCCGUCUCAUCCUGGAGGGAUACACUCGACAAGCAUGGCCAUCGAGGACGCCGUUGUGCUCGGCUCACUUUUCUCUCAUCUGAGCAUGAUCGAUCAGGUCCCUUCUUUCCUCAGCGCCUACCAGGAGCUCCGCCAGCGGCGGUGCGAGCUUCUCAUGGCCGCGGGUAUCAGUAAUGCGCGGACGGUGGCACUUCCUGACGGCCCCUUGGCGGAGAAGCGGAACGCAGACAUGCGCGCAAGAAACGUCGAUUGGGACGAGGGCACGCUCAAGGCCCAGUUCGAGGAAAUUGCCGAAAUAUUCGCGUAUGACGCCGGUGAUGCGGCGGAGGAGUGGUGGGUGAACUGGGGUCGGUUCAGCGCUGCAGCGCGCGAGCAGCCAAGAACGAUGAACAUCUUCUGGGAUCACCAAGUGUCAAGCAUGACGCAGCGAGCUGGUGUUUAA